UUUGACUCUGAUCUGCAUCUGCAGUUCUCACUGUGUUCCAAGUGCUGUUUAGCAUGGAGGAAUGGGAUUAAUCAGCUUAGAGUGGGUGGUUCACAGUCAUCAGCAGGAGGCUUCCUUGCUUAUGUUUAACCUGUAGCCAUGACAAUGCAUGUGGUUUCCCAGGACAACUCCUUCCCGACUGUUUACAACUACGUCACCACCUCAGCUGAAUCUGUCCUGUUUUUAUGUUCGACCCAUAUGGCCUCAACUGAGGAGCCUUCUAAGGCUAAUCGAAUUCCAGUUUUGAAUUAUGCCAGCCACAAUAUGAUAAGCGUACCCCUUUGUGGUAAAAGACCAGCAUUGAUGCUGUCAACAGGAAUCUAUAUGAGGUGUCCACAUUAUAGCACAGCUCCUCUGGUAGCAGUAACAGAUGAGCCUGAUGCCCUAUAUAGGAAGAUUUCUGUGUUGGUAAAGGGCCAUGAUAAAGCUGUACUGGAUAGCUAUGAAUAUUUUAUCAAACAUUUAACUGGAAGCUCUGCCAAUGUGUACUUGGAAUAUAUCCAGCGCAAUCUUCCAGAAGGUGUUGCAAUGGAGGUGACCAAGACUUUGAUAGAAAAGCUACCAGAACAUAUUAAGGAACCUAUUUGGAGAAUUGAUUCUUCUGAAAAUGAAGGCAAGCCAGAUAGUUAAAGUCCAUGAACAUUCUCCUAUAACUGUUCAUUGUAUCUAUUUUAAAACAUCUUACUAAAUGAACUCUUGUCAAAGUUUUUCACUUUUGUGUUGGAAUAUCUGGUCUGUGUAUCCUAAAAUAAAUUUUUUUUAAAAA